UGCUCAGGUGUAAUGUUAGAGUGAGUGUCAGGUAGGCCAGUGUGAGAUCUGUCUGAUUAAUAUCUGUUUUGGAGAUCAGACUGAGUAACUGUGCGGCACUAAGGUCUGCUUUUCACAACACAUACGCCAUUAAGACACACCAUCUAAUGAGGAUGCCACUGAGAAAAAGGAUUCGCUCUUCUUCAGCCACAGGGAGAUUAGAAACCAGACAUGUGACCAGCAUCCUGUCUGGACUUGGCAGUAGAGAGGACGGGAUGAGAAACAGCUCAGAGCCAGGUAGUCGAGGUGAGAAAGUCAGCAACGACUUUGCAGCACCAAGACGAGUGGGUGUCAGUAAGGACAGGCAAGAACAGCCUGAAUGGUUGGUUCGAGAGCUGCUGAAACAGAACAGGCGAAGACAUUCUGUCACACUUGGAGAUCAGGCUCAAGUCAUGAGGAGACAACAUCUCAUCACUGACUCAACACAGCUCUGCAGCUUUCAGAUUGAUGAGACGAUAUCACUCGACAGCCUCCAGAAACUGAAAAUAGCAUUUGAGGAAUUUGAAAUGGGCAGCUUGAGAUCCACUGAUGUGAAGAAUUUUGGACGUAUCGUGAAGAAAUGUUUGCCUGAGACAAGCAAUGCACAAAUUCAAGGGUUAUUUAAGAAGAUUGAUUAUUCAGGCCAAGGAAGGAUUUCAUGGGGUGACUUCUGCACAUACAUGCUGCAGGAGUACAAAGAGAGGCAGGAAACAGCAAGACGCAGCAAGCAGGUGGCUUUCACUCUGCCAGCCGUGAUGAAGACGUUGUGUCAUGGCGUUCCCAUCAUCAACGUACAUUCAACCCAUGAUGGUACCAUCGUCUCAGUGAGAGAGGACGGGCUUGUUUGCUACUGGAGCCCUGAACUUAAACCACUGAAGACCAAACACAUGUUUAAUGAAGGACCUACAAACAGGAAGUCAAAGUGGGCAAGUGAUUUUACCGUGAUGACAGAGUACAACAAACUGAUUAUUGGAACAGGCGACAGAGAGAUUCAACUUUAUGACCUUUCUACUCUGGAGCCUUACUGCCAGAUCAGUGCGCUGGACACGGUGCCAUUGACUUUAGACUACAGCUACACUGGCCUUGACAAAUGCUGUAUUCUGUAUGGAGACACUGAGGGAUGUGUGACUAUCAUUUUAAUUUCCUCUGUUGCAGAUACCCUCAGAUUAUGGAAUAAAUUACCAAAGACUGAAAACAUCCCCAACAUAGCGAUUGACAAUGCAGUGCUCUGUGAGACUGUGACAUUUGUCAGAUGGAAGGUUCAUCAGGACUGGGUGACACAGGCGAAAUUUUUUCAAAGUUUUCAGGCUGUUGUCUCCUCAUCAAAUGAAGAGUCGUUGUCUCUCGUUAUAGGCUGUGUGCUGCCUUUAACAGACGCUGAGCAGCAGUUGAGUGAGAUCAGAGAGGCCUGCUAUGAAGGUAAGACCAAGAAGAUCCAACUGAGCUGGACACCGCAGCUCCGGGCUUCGUGCGACCAGAGAGUUUUUGCCAUCCACAAAGGUGUCAAGGCAUUUGACCUUUGUCAGAGGCACAGCUUGCUGAUCACUGGAGGCAUGGACAGACUCAUUCGCAUGUGGAAUCCACAUUUUUCUGGGAAACCAACGGGUAUUUUGAAGGGUCACUGUGCUCCCAUCGUGUACCUCUGCAUCUUCUCGGAGGACAGUCAGAUCUUCUCUGUCUCCAUAGACGGCACAGUGAAGAUCUGGGAUAUUCAAGAUCAGUGUUGCCUAUUUACAGCAGACCCCAAAGCGAGCGGGAUCCAUGGUGACAUAACUGCGUGCUCGUAUUCGUCUGCCAUGAAGUCCCUUUACAUUGCAGCAGACUGUAUGGCAGUGCUCUCCCUGAAGAUAAGGCCACGACUUCAUAGCCGUCUGACUGUUUCACAUAAUGAGCCUGUGACGUGCUGCGGCUACAGUGAGGAGUUUCGUCAGGUUGUCAGUUGCUCUGAGGGGUCUGUGGUGAAAGUCUGGGACUUUGAUACUGGGCAUCAGAUUUUUGAGUUUGCUGGUACAUAUGAGCUGUCUGUCAUCACGUGCAUGACGUUUGACCUCAAAGGGAGGCGAUUGAUCACAGGUGGAACAAAUGGUUGUUUAAAGAUCUGGAACUUCAACAAUGGUCAGUGCCUGAAGACACUAAAGAAAGAUGGUGACUGUCAGGAGGUGUGUGACUGCACCUUUAUGAAAGUUCAUCAGAAUUUCUAUGUGAUGUCAGUUGGCCGGGACCGGAAGAUUGACAUUUACUCUGACGUACCUGAGGACCUUCAUCAUGUCCAGAGGCCACAGCCUUCCUGGCAAGAUGAUCUGAAAAAUGGACAUAAGGAGGACAUCCUUUGUGUGGCGCAGUGUCUGCCAUCUCUCCUAGCCACCGGCAGCUAUAAUGGAGAGAUUAUUGUGUGGAAUGUGGUUUCUGGACAUAUUCAGUGUCGGUUUGUUAGCCCUCUUCUAGCUGAACAGCAACAUGUUGAAGGAUUGGAUACGAGUGUUCCAAGCAUGGUUUUCCUGAAGAACUCCAAGUUAAAGCAGUUUUCCUCAGGCACAGCUCUCGCGACGUCUGGGACCAUGGGUUGCAUAAAUCUCUGGAGCGUGUUCAGCGGAGGGAAAUUUGUGAGCAGCUUCAAAGCUUCCCGAUUUCAAAAAAAGAUUACAAAACUGGCCAAAGCAGAAAAGACAGCGCUGCUGUACGCUGCUGACGGAAUCGGUUACAUCUAUGUUUACAACAUGGAGAAGUUUGCCCCUGAGAAAAAAUCCCAGAAAGCUGAAAACUUCUGGCGUGCCCACACCAGCAGGAUAACUGGCCUGCAGAUUGUUGACAGUGAUCAAGUGGUGCUUACCUCAUCCAAUGACUACACUGUGCGCCUUUGGAGUGCAUACGGAGAAUUCAUAGGAACCUUUGGGCAAUCUGAGAGCUGGAGCGUCCAUAUCUCCUCUUCCUGGAAGCAUCCUGCUGUCCCCUAUGAGGUUCUCAUUGAUCCUCUGAGUAUGCCAGAUCAUGAGAUUCUGAAUUUAAAAACAUGUCUUUCUGAUGCUAUCGAUCCUGACAAGACUGAUGCUCAUAGAGAGAAACUAAAGUCAGAGACACACAGUAAUCUGAGACUUUCUCCAACAUCCACCAGUGACACAGACGCUGAAGCAGAUGAAAGGCAUGUUUUACCCAGAGGAACACAAGAGUGGACUCUGUCGUGAAAUUGUCAGGCAUACUAACAAGCUAUCGAACUACUCCACUCUGAAAGGGUUGGAUACUGUGGAGCCACUAAACAGCAGUGUAAGACCUGACCUCUCUCUCGCUGGUAUUGAUCCUUUCAUAAGCAGCUCUGAGGAACUGGAGUCAACUGAAUGAGAUGAAACAGUAUUGAUCACAGCUGGGAAACUGGGUCACUGCAGCACCCAAUUCUAUAAAGCAAAAAGACAGAGCAAGGAAAAAAUUAAUAGAAUGAAAAAAUUCUGAGAACUAUGGCUGCAUGUACCUAGAAAACAUUUUGCGAUGGGAUCACACUAGUACUCAGUACUCGUGGGUCUGAUUACGCCGAUCUUUGAACUUAAACAGGAAAUAUGACUCCAACUAAAUGCUGACAUUGCUCCACGUCCUCUGGAUUUGCCAACACGCAACUGUUUACUUUGCCAUCUCUUCAAAAUGAUAAAAUGUCUGUUGUGUUUACAAAGCACCCUUGUGGCCAAAAGACAAAUAACGCUGUUUUAAAUGUAGGAAAAACUUUCAUCCAUUCAUCUUUUGAAAAAUGAACUACCACCUGAGAUAAAAAGAAUUUACUGAGCCAGCUGGCCAGACCUCAUUCUGAAAAUAUGAUAAAAUUAGAGGAUAGAGAAAACAUAUGACAUCCUUUCAGGCUCAAGUUUGCAUAACAAAUGUCUUUAUCUUCAAGAUUUGAUGUAUUAUCUGUUAUAUUAAAUGUAUUAUCUAGGAUCUUAUGACAGUGCUCUGACAUACAUUGUAUUAUUAAUAAAACCUGCAUAGUUUCAGAUCCGCAAACCUUAUAAAUGAAUCAUGUUAAACAUUAAAAUGUCACACCCUUGUUUUCGCUGUUAU